ACGACUCGACGCUCCCGGCGUGUGCUGCCCUCGGACAGGACGGCAUCGGCUGUAACUACCCGCGCUCAGACUGGAAGAACUGGAACAACAUGUCUACUACGCUUCCCCAAGCCAGCAGCUCUGCGGUCCCCACGACAACGCCUCCCAAUCUAAUUGGCUUGGAGGCUGCGGACAUAGCCGUGGUGGUGAUCUACCUACUUGUGGUUAUGGCCGUCGCUGUCUGGGCAUCAGUGAGGGCCAACAGCACCACGGUGGGGGGUUACUUCCUGGCAGGGCGCUCCAUGACCUGGUGGCCCGUCGGAGCAUCUCUGAUGUCCAGUAACAUCGGAAGCUCGUCGUUUAUCAUGCUGGCGGGGACGGCGGCGGCGGGAGGCAUCGCUGUGUCUAGCUUUGAGUUGAAUGCGACAAUCUCUGUGGUGGCUCUGGGAUGGAUCUUCUUCCCGGUCUACAUUUCAGCCGGGGUGGUGACCAUGCCGGAAUACCUGGCCAGGCGCUUUGGAGGACGCCGGAUACAGAUCUACAUGUCUGUCCUCUCCCUGUUCCUUUACAUCUUCACCAAAAUAUCUACUGAGCUCUUCUCAGGAGCGUUGUUCAUCAAAGUUUCCCUCGGUUGGGAUCUCUACUUGUCCACAGGAGUCUUGUUGUUGAUCACUGCCGUGUACACCGUGGCAGGAGGUUUGUCAGCAGUUAUCUACACUGAUGCAAUCCAGACGCUGAUCAUGGUGGGAGGAGCCUUCGCGCUGACGUUCAUUGCCUUCUCCAAGGUAGGAUGGUACUCGGGUCUGAUGGAGCGGUACAUGGCUGCCGUUCCCAUGGCAACAGUGGCCAACACCACGUGUCACCUCCCUCGCGCUGACGCCUUCCACAUAUUUCGAGAUCCGCUGUCAGGUGACAUGCCGUGGCCUGGGCUCAUCUUUGGCCUCGGUAUUAUUGGCAUCUGGUAUUGGUGCACUGACCAGGUAAUAGUUCAGAGGUCGCUGGCAGCAAAGUCGUUGUCACACGCCAAAGGAGCCAGCGUGUUGGCAGGUUACCUCAAAAUCUUACCAAUAUUUUUCAUCAUCAUACCAGGCAUGAUCAGCCGAGCACUGUUUCCAGAUGAGGUGGCCUGCGUGGAUCCAGCAGUGUGUCAGAGAGUGUGCGGAGCUUCAGUUGGAUGCUCCAACAUCGCCUACCCGAGACUGGUGGUGGAGCUCAUGCCUCUCGGUCUCCGUGGACUGAUGCUGGCUGUGAUGUUCGCCGGUCUUCUGUCUUCUCUGUCCUCCAUCUUCAACAGCAGCUCCACCGUCUUCACCCUGGACCUGUACCACAAAGUCCGGACCACCGCCUCCGAGAUGGAGCUCAUGAUUGUUGGCAGAGUGUUCACCCUGGUGCUGGUGUGUGUUAGCAUCUUGUGGAUUCCUGUCAUCCAAUCAGCCAGCAGCGGGAAACUCUUUGACUACGCCCAAUCAGUGGUCAGCUUCUUGACUCCGCCCAUUGGUGGUGUGUUCCUACUGGCCAUCUUCUGGCCACGUGCCAAUGAGCAAGGUGCAUUCUGGGGCCUGAUGGUGGGGCUGGCGGUGGGAUUGAUCCGGAUGGUUCUGGAGUUCUCCUACGAGGUGUUGCCCUGCGGUGAGCCGGACCAACGUCCCGCCGUGGUGACCAAGGUCCACUUCCUUUACUUCGCCACCCUCCUCCUGGGGCUCACCUGCCUGGUUGUCAUGGUGGUCAGCCUGGCCACGCCCCCCAUACCUGCACAGCACCUUCCCAGGUUGACUUGGUGGUCCCGGCACAGCAAGCAGCUUCGCGUCGAUCUGACCAGGACCUUGGUGACCUCCGACCCCGCUGGCCCUUCUGCGCGCCCACCGGUCUCCCGGUGCCGAAAGAUAAUCCUGCAGCUCUGCGGUCUGACCGGGCCCAGCUCGGCGCCUUGCUCGGCUCCUCUCGCGGCUGAAGGCGCCAAGCUGAACUCCCUGAAGGAGGCGCCGGUGUGGAGGAACGUCUGCAACGUCAACGCCUUGCUGCUGCUCGCCAUUACCGUUUUUCUCUGGGGGUACUUCGCCUAACUCAGCAGUCCCUCUGAGUCUUGUUACCCACUGCCUUGUGCACACUGUUCUAAAACGUCUUUUCCAGUUUACCCACUGAAACUACACAUUUACUAUUAGUGUAUUUCCCGGACCGUAGGGUGCACCGCAUUAUAAGGCCCACUGCAGGUCUAGUCAGGUCUAUUUUCAUAAAAAAGGCACACCGGAUUAUAAGGCGCAUUAAAGGAGUCAUAUUAUUAUUAAUAUUUUCUAAUUGUCAAAGACUUCCUUCUGGUCUACAUAACAUGUAAUGGUGCUUCUUUGCUCAAAAUGUUGCAUCGUUAAUGUUUUACGCAUCAUCUUCAACUCACUUUCUGACAGUCUCUUCAGGAUGUGCCAUUUUGUGGGCGCUUUUAUUUACGUGCCUCCACUUGGACAGCAUCAUCUCUGUUGUAGUGGUGUAGGGUGCAAGGACGGGGGUGGAAGAAGUGUCAAAAGAUGGAGCUAACUGUUUUAAUGACAUUCACACUUGACUUCAAUCAAUAACAGAGCAGCAUCUCAUCAUCCGGGGCUCACUAGUGCAACAACAACACCCGAAAUGUGUCCAGAGACCGGAACUCUCUAAUAAGUAAAGUUCCUUGGGUGAAUAAUGUAGUGCUUUCAUGGUGAGUUUACUGACAGAUAAAAGUAAGAACUUGACACUACUCUAUAUUAGAAAUGGCAACAGUGGAGGAUGAAUGUCACAUAAGAAGAUAGAGAAAAAGAAGCUUAUUCACUGCAGCGUCAUCAUGGGCUAAAAAAACAGGCGCGCACAAUUUUUCAGGACUAAUGCAGAUCCCAAAUACACAUCAGCAGGUACCAGAAGGUAAGAAAAGUUGCUUUUGCAUAAUAUUGUGAAACAAAACACCAGAUAAUGUCUUACCUUAUACACACAGCAUAAUAACACUCCUAUGUUGAAGCACAGUACAAUCCAUCAAGCGGUGUGGCUUCAAAGCUUACCAAAGUCCUACUAAAACAUUUUGAUAGGUUUUUGAACGCCUUGUGUAAUGUUCUAUAUUUUUAAUGGCACAUAUAAAAUGUUGGUGUUUACUUGAGUCAUAUAGCAGUCUACACAUAUCUUAUGUGUGACUGCCAUCUACUGGCCACACUUGUUACACCAUGUACCAAAUAAAGUAGUUUUGAGGUCGCUAAGCACAACCAAAAUGAUUCCGUAAAUUAGGCGCACCGGGUUAUAAGGCGACCUGUCCAGUUUUGAGAAAAUGAAAGGAUUUUAAGUGUGCCUUAUAAUAUAUAUUUUACUUUCUCACUGGCACUCAUGGAAGGCGGACUCUUCCCUGUCCUUCUCCCUUAUGUCUCCCGCUGGCUUCUUUGUUUUGAACUUUCUUGUUGCCCCUUUUUGCACUUCUCUCUAAAAUCCAAACAAUGGAAAGGGGAAGGAUUUGGCAGCAAAGACGCAACCGACUCCUUCCCUGUCCUUCAUGGACACACACCUGUUGUUGUCCGACUGACUGGCUGUGUUACCGCCUUUGCCAGCGCGCCGACCUCGCGGAACACACACACGGCACAGCUUGGACACACCUGUCUUUAUUUACAUUGUAGAUUGUCACGUCAAAACUAUGAAUGAACACAUGUGGAGUUAUGUCCUUAACAAAAAAAAAAAGGGUGAAAUAACUGAAAACAUGUUUUCUAUUCUAGUUUUUUCAAAAUCACCACCCUUUGCUCUGGUUACUGCUUUGCACACUCUUGGCAUUCUCUCCAUGAGCUUCAAGCACACCUGUGAAGUGACAACCAUUUCAGGUGACUACCUCUUGGAGCUCUGCCUUGUUUUUACUUGGUCUUACAACGCUACUGCGUUUUACUUAAAGUUGAAGUAGCAAUGAUUGUCACACACACACACACACACACACACACACACACACACACACACACACACACACACACACACGAGGUGUGGCGGAAUUAUUCCCUGCAUUUGACCCAUCACCCUUGAUCACCGCCAGGGAGGUGAGGGGAGUAGUGGGCAGAAGGAUGUUGGUCAAUAUGGUGAUACUAAGGAGAGCCAAGUGUUUUAUGAGGAGGUUCAUGGUGAAAGAAGUUUGACAACCACUACCUUGGAUCAACUCCAGAUCCAUCCGUCCAUCCAUUUUUUUACUCAGGUUUCAUGUUUGUUUUUUAUUCUCUUUUUUUGUCAAAGAAAAUGUAAUUUUUUAUACGGCAAAGGCACAAACUAUGCCAGGGGUCGGGAACCUUUUUGGCUGAGAGAGCCAAAAAGCCAAAUAUUUUAAAAUGUAUUUCCGUAAGAUCCAUACAAUAUUUUUUUUUAACACUGAACACAACUAAACGCGUGCAUUUUUAAGUAAGACCAACAUUUCUAGAGUAUAAUCGGUCUCUUAUUCUUUGUAAUAACAUUGUUAUUCUGAAGCUAACUGUGGAGGGGGCGUGGCUUGUGGGCCUGCAGUGAACUGAGGUGUGCCAGGACCGGACUUUUAAAUUAGCGACAGGUGCGUAGACGGCCCACCAGGGCCUUGUUAUCUAAUCACCUGUCACUAUGUUAUAAGCAGCAGCCGGGAGGAGAGAUGGGGUUGGGGCUGGAGCCAGAGCGCGAGUGAAAACGAAAGAGAAAAAUACAAUUGCUAGAAAGCAACUGAGGGACUUAUUGAAAAAAAACCCACAAUAUUGUAACCCUGAAGCAGGCUCUCAUGUCGGUGCUUGGUGGUCUGAAGAACCCCCAGGAGGGCAAGUCCCACACUAACCAAUAAUAAAUAAAUAACUUCUUACCA